GUUGGCUUCAGACCGAAUCUUCUCCGGCGCUGUAGCGUUUCUCCGUUUCCUCUUUGGUUUAUUUUAACCUUCGGAAACAAUGAGUGGGCGAUUUUCUCGGUCAAUCUAUGUUGGUAACUUGCCUGGUGACAUAAGAGAACAUGAGAUUGAAGAUCUCUUUUACAAGUAUGGCCGCAUUGUCGAUAUUGAAUUGAAGGUUCCACCUCGGCCUCCAUGUUAUUGCUUUGUUGAGUUUGAGCAUUCCCGGGAUGCCGAAGAUGCCAUCAAGGGCCGUGAUGGCUAUAACUUUGAUGGCUGUCGCUUGAGGGUUGAGCUUGCCCAUGGUGGUCGAGGACAGUCUUCAAGUGAUCGUCGUGGUGGCUACGGUGGUGGUGGCGGCGGCGGCUAUGGUGGUGGAGGUGGUGGUGGUGGAUCAGCUCGGUUUGGCGUCUCACGACACUCUGAAUUCCGAGUUAUUGUGCGUGGGCUCCCAUCAUCUGCUUCAUGGCAAGAUUUGAAGGAUCAUAUGCGGAAAGCUGGUGAUGUGUGCUUUGCUGAGGUGACUCGAGACAGUGAUGGAACUUAUGGUGUUGUCGACUACACCAAUUAUGAUGACAUGAAGUAUGCUAUAAGGAAACUUGAUGACACAGAGUUCAGAAACCCCUGGGCUAGAGGUUUUAUCCGGGUUAAGAAAUAUGAAAGCUCCCGAUCAAGAAGCAGAAGCCCAAGCAGAAGCAGAAGCAGAAGCAGAAGUCGAAGUCGUAGCCGAGGCCGUGGUCGCAGCCGUAGCCGCAGCCGCAGCCUUAGCAGAAGCAAGAGCCCAAGGAAGGAUCUGAGUAAAUCACCAAAACGAUCCCUUUCCAGAUCGAUUUCAAAAUCAAGAUCGCCAUCUCCCGACAAGAAGAAGAGUCCCCCCAGGGCAAUGUCGAGAUCAAGGUCCAGGUCCAGGUCCAGGUCUCCGUCCAAAUCUCCUCCCAAGGUUCGUGAAGGCAGUGUGUGAUUUUGUUAGGCGGUGAAAAGAAAGAGUGCGAAAAUUCUCAAGUCAAGAUCCAUUCUAUGUGUUUUUUACUGUUUUCGGAUAAUUGACAUCUUCUGCUGUUCUCUGCUUCUUUGCUCACAAAUGAUAAUCUUUAUACUAUUCUCUCUUGUUAUGUUAUGAAUGCUUCCGUGAACAUUACCAUACCUUUGAGUUUUGUAUGGUUCGACCUGUUCUUGUUUAACACUAUAAAGUCCUAGCGAACCC